AUGCGCUCCCUCUUCCUCAAGCGGCUGCCCGCUGAUAUCCAGCAAAUCCUGCUGGUGUCAGAGCAACUUGCCCUAAAAGCCGACGCGAUGCUCGCAGCUAGGGCACCCACAUCGUCAAUAGCAACAGUGUCUGCCGCAACCACUAACUCCGCCGUGACGUUGGGAUUCCUUGCAGCCCACGUCGCCGCACUAUCCGAGGCUGUGCAGAAGUCCACACAGGAACGUUUUCACUCCCGGCCUCGCUUUCGCACCCCUUCACCGCCACGCUUUGAACGGGACUUCAGGCGCUCUGCAACGCCCAAUUUCAGCCUCGCUCCCGCAUUCCUUCACCGCCGCGCAAAGAUUAGAGGAAACCGCGGAAACUGUCCGCGCCUGUCUUUCGCGGACCUCGAAAGACAGUACGUCCAAGAUUCCUCGUCCUCCCUACGUUUCCUCUUCGACACAGGGGCCGAGGUCAGCCUCCUCCCGGCCUCCCACAGGGAUAAACGCUUCCCCUCCUCCCGCACUCUGGAAGCUGCCAACACAUCGUCCAUCACCACCUACGGCGAGCGUUCGAGGACCCUCUUGCUGGAAGGCGAGCCUGCCCAAUGA